AAGUUGUGUAGUUUUACAAAAAUAAAAAACUUUUUUCUCCAACUAUUUCUUUACGAACUUUCCUCACUCCAAAAUCUCCCCCUGGUUCGGAACGCAUCAGAUCCACCCCCAAUCCUAAUUCCCGCAGUGAAACAGCUGAUUACUACCAGUACUGUUAUAUAUCGCAAAUUCAAACCUCUCAAUCUCCAUCACUGACAUACAAUGCAGAAAACGGCUCAGAAGUGGUUCACUGACGGCCCGAGUAACGAUCUUGAUAGAUCCUCUUCUUCUCUGCUUGCGGACUGGAAUGCUUAUGCCGCUUCCAAGUCUGAUGGCGCCGAGUCAUCCAGCCUCGGAUUCGAUCUCGAAGCAGCCGUUCGUACCGCCAAUGAUAAAGUAUCUGGCACUUUCAACGUGGUUUCUAAAGGUGUAAUGGAUUUGCCAGGGAACUUUAACUCUGCUACGAGCAAUGUCCCUUCUGCAAAGUCACUGAUGUACUUUGGAUUGCUCCUUGCUGCUGGUGUCUUCUUUAUCUUUAUUGCAUUCACUAUAUUCCUUCCUGUAAUGGUGCUGUCACCUCAGAAGUUUGCUAUCUGCUUCACUAUUGGAUGUGCCUUCAUCAUUGGUUCGUUCUUUGUUCUAAAAGGUCCAAAAAAUCAGCUUAGUCAUAUGUUAUCAAAAGAGAGGCUUCCUUUUACAUUGGGAUUUAUCGGCAGCAUGGCGGGUACGAUUUAUGUAUCCAUGGUGCUUCACAGUUAUGUUCUUUCUGUCUUCUUCUCUGUGCUACAGGUCCUUGCACUGUCUUACUAUGCAAUCUCCUACUUCCCCGGUGGAUCAGCUGGGAUGAAGUUUCUCUCUUCGACCCUCAUGUCUUCAGUACUCAGAUGCUUUGGCAGGUGACACUGCAAUGUUGGUUGUCCGUGAGAAUUUUGUUAUUUUACAAAUUAUAUUAUAACAUAUGGGAUAUGUUAUUGGUUGGAACAGAAAGUAGUGCAUAGCUUUCAUAGUUAUCUGAUUUAUUGCUUUAUGAAUUUUGUUUGGGGAAUGCUUGAUUCGUAGUAUUAGAUAGACCUAAAUGUUUAAGUUAAAAAGUGUACAAAAAAUCAUCUUACCAAGCAUACCAUUAAUUAUUGACCUGAGAAAGCCAUUUGA